AUUCUAAAAAAAUCCUAAUAAAUCCUAAAUGCAUAUGUAGUCUUGUAUGUAACAAAAAUAAGCAGCCAAAAUUUAUAAGUUUUCAUUUCCAAAGAAUUAAAAACCGGAUAUUUGUUUGAAAGUUAAAAACUAAUGUAAUUAACUUUAAUUUUAAGCACUGUAAUUCUUAAAACAGCAUAAUUCUACGACAUUUACAAUAUUAGUUUCAUCAUUUUUUGGUGUUAAGAAACUAUACAUAUAAAUCAAAAUAAUGGAACCUGUAGUAACUUCUCGGCGAAAUUUUAAUUUGGCCCCUCAACAAGAGUUUUUAAUGCAAGGUAGCAUAAUGGAUACGUCGUGUGAAGUAUUACUGCAUCGAUUAAGAGGUUUAUGUGACAAUGCUGACGAGAAUCCUGAGACAUUUCAUGACUAUGAGAUGGUGUUUCAAAUACGUGGAUCUACUGGAACACCUUUGGUUGUAAGAGCCAGGCAAGCCUUAGAUCAUCCUGAAAUGCCUUGGCAUUUGAGGUAUAUAGGUCAACCAGAAAUUGGAGAUAAAAACAGAGCAACAAUGAUUCGUAGUUGCAUCGAUAUAGAUACAUCCAGCAAUGUAGUUCAAUUCCUUAAUGAGCUUGGAUUCAGAUUAGAUUAUGAAUUUGUGCUGAAAGGUUUUAUGUUCCGUAAAGGAAGAAUGAAAGUAACAGUUGCUAAAGUCUGUCGUCUGUUGCAGCAAAAUAAUCCAGACAGCAUUGAACCAGUUUCACAAUCAUAUUUAGUAGAACUGAGUGUAGUUGCUCCAUCUGGACAAGAAGCCUUGGCUGAUGAAAUGAAAGCCUUCUCUGAGCAGUUGAAACCAUUGGUACAGUUGGAUAAGUUUGAUCAUCGACGUCUUCAGCAUGUUUGAUACAGAGCUUUUUAGUUUUAACCAGCUAUUUCCUUAAUGUGGUUUUCACUGUCAACAUUGUAUUACCAUCAAAGCUGAAAAUGGAAUGUCUAAUCAUUCAGAAACUGACUCUUGCAUUUCAUCUGAUUUCAUGCAGAAACUGUUCAUCAGCUUAUAUCAUAUUAUGGUGUGAUCAAGUUUAUUGCACUUCCUAGAAGGGUUAAAAUUAAUUCAUGUAUUUAACAGUUUGUCAUAAAAUCCGUUUCAUGUAUUCAA